AAAGUAAAGAAGGGGCGAGGAGAGAGAAGGGGGAGAGAGAGAGUGAUUCCAGGUCUCUCUCUGCUGCUCUCUCCACUUUGGGUACUAUACCCAAUCUGACUCAAUGGGGUUUUAGCACCAAGGGGUUAAAACUUUACAAUUAUAUUUAUUAACCCCCAUACCCCGUCAGGUGUUUAGGUUUUAUUUAUGUAUUAAACCAAACGUCUGUAACUCAUCAAGGAAAGUCUCCAGGAGAAAGGUGAGGACGUCUCCAGAGGCGUGCCUUUUUGUCUGCAGCCUCGCAGGAGCUUCGGUCCGGCUCCUUCUCCACGGCUGGCUUUCUGUGAGAGGAUAACUUCCACCUUAUCCUGCGUCUACAGCUCAGCCAGGCCGGCAAACCUCUGCAGCGCAAUGGAUAUUCCAGUCUGUCCCUUCCGGAAGAAGCGGAGACCGUGGCGCAUGAGCUUCCCAUCCUUCGCCUUGCUGGCUGUGGCGCUCAGCCUGUGCCAAACCACCGUGGCUCGGGCAGAUCCAGUGGACGUGUUGCGGGCCCUGCAGGUCCCCUCCCUCCCUGAGGGGGUGAAGAAGGUUCCUGGCUUCUGCACAUCCCGCCGCUCCAGCAGCCCCGACCAUGCUUACCGCAUCUCCAAGAAGGCGCAGAUCUCUGCUCCCACCAAGCAACUGUUCUCAGGCCGUUUCCCAGAGAACUUCUCCAUCAUGACCCUGAUCAAGCCCCAGGCCGGCCUCCAGGCCUUCCUGCUCUCUAUCUACAGUGAGCAGGGGAUCCAGCAGCUGGGCAUCGAACUGGGACGCUCACCGGUUUUCCUGUAUGAGGACCAGCAUGGCAAACCAGCUCCUGAGGAUUACCCACUCUUCAAAGGCAUCAACCUGGCUGAUGGCAAGUGGCAUCGGAUUGCUUUCUCUGUUUCAAAGAAAAAUGUGACACUGCUGCUGGACUGCAAGAAGAAGAUGACCCGUCCUCUGCCCAGAGGCAAUAAGGCUGAGGUGGACACCAAUGGCAUCACAGUGUUUGGAGCUCGUCUGCUUGAUGAGGAAGUUUUCCAGGGAGACAUCCAGCAGCUGUUAAUCGCCUCCAACCCUCAGGCUGCUUAUGACUUCUGUGAACACUACAGCCCUGACUGUGACUCCCCUCUGCCCAAGACCCAAGCUCAGGAUCCCAACACAUAUAAGAAAGCGGUCAAUGGAAAAGCAGCUCCCCCUAAGCCCCUUCUUGCAAAAGCUAAACCCACUCCAGCAAAGUCAGCCAAGAAUGGACCUUACAAGCUGGUAGUCAAGCCCCCGAUGCCCACCAAGGCAUCUAAAGCUUCUAAAACUAAAUCAUCCAAAGUAAAACCCACUCCAGCACAGAUCCUGUUGUCUAAGAUCAAGCCAACUGCAGCAAGUAAAUCAAAACCCACAUCUGCUCCAACUAAGAAUGGAAAUGGUAAACCAGCUGUUCAGAAGAAAUCAAAUGGUGGAGCUAAUACCAAUUCUAAUGCAAAUGGGAAGACAUCCAAUGGCAACAGCAAGGCUCAAACCAAAACAAAUGGAAAUGGGAAGCCCUCUGUAGUGUCGAAGGUGAAUGGAAACGGCAACGGCAAAGCUCCGACGCCGAAGAAACCUGUUGGAAAUGGGAAAGUUACCGGGAAAGUUAAUGAUGCAGCCAAAGCUAACGGCAACAGCAAAGCAAAGACUGCGGUUUCCAAAGCACCCAAACCCACAAAAGCAGCUCCUUCAAAAACAGCGAAACCUGCUACAACCAAAGUUCCUGUAGCAAAGGCCCAAGCAGGGUCCAAAGUGAACACUAAGGUGGUCAAACCAACUGCCGGCAAACCUGUGAAGGCUUCAAGUCCAACAAAACAAACUUCAACAACUGCAGCCGUCCGACCCACUCCACCUAGACCCACAAAAGCCAAGAUGGACAACAACAAUGUGAAAUCCCACCACAGACCCUUCCCACCGUUUGGCAAGGCUUCACAGGGUGGAUCUGUUGUCAAAACUAAGAAAGUUACCAACGGUUACCCAGAGGAUGUAGAAUAUUCUGAGGCUGGCCACACCCCUACAGACGAUUAUUACUAUGAGGAGAUGGUUCCACAGGCAGACGGUGAGGUGUUUGGAGAGGAAGAAAUACCAGUUCAGCCUCAGGUAGAACCAGCCUUGGAAGGAGAGGAGCUGGAUGCCACCAAGGCAGGCGGUGUGGGAGAAGAAGUUUUCACGGAGGAUUAUGUGACUGGAGACUUGGGCAUGAGGGAAUAUGAUUAUUCCUAUAAGGACUACAAUGAGCCGGAACCAGAGACCGUGAAGGCUGAGGACCACUUUGGUCCAGCCCUGUCCGCUGUGACGGACGAGGGAGGCGUCGGCAUCAGAGGCCAGAAAGGAGAAAAGGGAGAACCAGCAGUCCUGGAGCCUGGUAUGCUGAUUGAAGGACCUCCAGGACCUGAAGGGCCUGCUGGGCUUCCAGGACCUCCUGGUCCUUCUGGUCCUCCUGGGUCAGCAGGUGACCCUGGUGAGAGGGGUGUUCCUGGUCGAGCUGGUCUGCCUGGAGCUGAUGGAGUUCCUGGACCUCCUGGAACCUCAGUCAUGCUGCCUUUCCGCUUCGGACAGAGUGGGGGCGAUAAGGGUCCUGUCGUUUCUGCACAGGAAGCCCAAGCAAGAGCCAUCUUGUCCCAGGCCAGGAUGGCGCUAAAGGGACCUCCUGGACCAAUGGGAUUCACAGGUCGUCCAGGACCUCUGGGAAGUCCAGGAAGUCCAGGUUUGAAAGGAGAGGGAGGAGACCCCGGUCCUCAGGGUCCCAGGGGUCCUCAGGGCGUGAUGGGACCUCCUGGCAAAUCUGGAAGAAGAGGCCGGGCUGGUGCUGAUGGUGCCAGAGGGAUGCCAGGAGAGCCGGGAACCAAGGGGGAUCGUGGCUUUGAUGGUCUUCCUGGUUUGCCUGGUGAUAAAGGACACAGAGGUGACCCAGGUCCAAUGGGACUCCAAGGAUCCCCUGGAGAGGAUGGAGAGAGGGGAGACGACGGAGAAGUUGGGCCCAGAGGUCUUCCAGGUGAACCCGGACCUCGUGGUUUGCUCGGACCUAAAGGUCCUCCUGGAGUCCCCGGACCUCCUGGCGUUAGAGGAAAUGAUGGACCCCAUGGCCCCAAAGGAAACCUGGGCCCCCAAGGAGAACCAGGACCUCCAGGUCAGCAGGGAACUCCAGGAACUCAGGGAUUGCCAGGACCUCAGGGAGCGCUUGGACCACCAGGAGAGAAGGGGCCCACUGGAAAACCAGGUCUGCCUGGGAUGCCAGGAGCUGACGGUCCUCCUGGUCACCCAGGAAAGGAGGGGCCACCUGGCACCAAAGGAAAUCAGGGUCCAAACGGUCCUCAGGGAGCUAUCGGCUAUCCUGGCCCUCGGGGUGUAAAGGGAGCUCAAGGAAUCCGUGGUUUAAAGGGUCACAAAGGAGAAAAGGGAGAAGAUGGUUUCCCAGGAGUUAAAGGAGACUUUGGUGUUAAAGGAGAGAGGGGGGAGAUCGGACUGCCAGGACCCAGAGGAGAAGACGGUCCAGAGGGGCCAAAGGGACGUGUGGGGCCCCCUGGUGAGCUUGGACCACUUGGCCUGGCUGGAGAGAAGGGUAAACUUGGUGUUCCUGGACUUCCUGGAUAUCCUGGAAGACAAGGACCAAAGGGAUCUCUGGGAUUCCCUGGAUUUCCAGGGUCAAACGGAGAGAAGGGAACAAGGGGUGUUACUGGAAAACUGGGACCAAGAGGACAAAGAGGACCAACGGGCCCAAGAGGUCAGAGAGGACCAAGGGGAGCGACAGGGAAAGCAGGAGCAAAGGGAACUUCUGGAAGUGAUGGCCCCCCAGGUCCUCCUGGAGAGAGGGGUUUGCCUGGACCUCAGGGAGCCAAUGGCUUCCCUGGACCCAAAGGACCUCCUGGACCCCCAGGAAAAGAUGGGCUGCCUGGACAUCCUGGACAGAGAGGAGAAGUUGUACGUUUUAUUCAUCUUUAUUUAAUUAUCCAUUUCAUUAUUUCUAAAACUUGAAUUUAGAAGUCGGAG